AUGCCAUCACUUCCAAAAUACCCAUUUCCAGUCUUGAAGACUUACUGGCCAUAUGCUGUCGGAGCUGGUGUCACAUACUACUUGAUCUACAAAGCUUCGAUUGCUUCAGCUAACUCAGACGAAUUCAUUAACGAUCCAAGAAACCCAAGAUUUAAGAACGGUGGUAAAUUCAUUGACUUGAACAAGAAAGAAGAAGCUCAUUAA